UUAAUAUCCAAAAGUCUGUCUUUUCUGUUUCCUCUUUGUGCUUCUAUUCUCUCUACAUGCAUGUGAUUUGUUUAUUUCAUGUCAUAACCAAAAUUAAGAUAUAUCAGCUUGAAUAAAUUAAAUCAUACAUAUUUAAAAAUCCAGAAAAAUGUUAAGAAGCUUUGUGCGAGGAAGCAUCAAAAUCCAAAAUAGUAGUCUAGGGUCUGGAGUAGUUGGAAUAAAUGCUCCAAUAUCACAAAUAGUACGAUGGAAAGCGAAAAAACCGCGUUGGCUUCCAGUAGCUAAAUCAAAAUUAUUCAAAAUUGACAAUUGGCCGGAAAUACCAAGAGAUGAGUUGUUGGAAAUGCGACGAUUGCAAAAUUAUUAUCGAACAUACAGAAAGUCAAUCAAACAAUAUUUCGAACAGUUAGAAAAAGCAAAUCAAGUAGAAUAUGAUGAAGAAAAAAUAAAACAAUUUAAGCAAAAAGAUUUUGAACGUUGUCAAAAAUUGAAUGACGAAUGGAAUAAAGAAAUUGCAUUGAAACGAGAAGAAAGAUUACAGAAAGAAUGGAUAGAAAAAAAGAAGUUCCAUUUAGAAAAAUUGGCAGAGGCUAAAGUUAAAGAAGAACAAGAAUUAGCUGAGUCAGAAGAAUACAUAAGAAAACUCAAACAAGAAGCUGCAAAAUUCAUCACAAGAGAAAUGGUAGAUCAAGCAAUUGAAGAAGCUUUGGAGAAUGAAGUCAGUUACAAUGUAGCUAUAGACUCGAAAGGAAAUAAAUAUACUGAUAUUUUUGAUAGGCCAGGAGUUACGGUUAAACAUAAAAUGACUAAUUGAAUAAUAAAACAUGAUAAAAUUUUUAAAUUUGUUUUAUUUCAAAAUGGUAAUGUAUCCAAUGUAAUAUAAUAAUAGUAAUAAUAACCAUUAUGAUAAAAAAAGUAUAUUUUAAAUAUUUUCACUCAUUAUAUAAAUUAUUCUGUUUAUUAGUUUUAAUGAUUGUUGUUUAUCCACUGUAUUACAAUUAUUGGUAUUCAGAGGCUUUUUUCAUUGUUUUACGAAAUAUCUUUGGCAUUGGCGCGAUCAUUUAUUCCUCUCCAACACACACACACACACUCUUAAUGAAUAAAUUCAUUUUCAGUUGAAAAUUGGUCAAUUGAAUAUCGAUUAAUGAUUUUUUGAAAUAAUUUAAAUAUAAGUUUAUUAAAAUCAAGUCUCAAAGUCUCAAGAAAAGAAAAAACGGCUGUUGGAUUUUUCAAUUUAAUAUUAGCGGACAAAAAAUGGAAAAUUUUUCUGUCUUAACAUAUUUUUAAGGCAGUUUCAUAGUAUAAGACAAAAUAAUAUUUGUUAAUUAAAUGAUUUUCGAUGCUAUCGCACUGAAAGUUGAUUAUCAUAUGCAUGCAUGCCAAAUACCGAAACAAAUUUCAGCUAAACCACUUAUGUAUUGUUUUUUCUAUAAACAGAUUCAUUGCUUUCUAGUAAUUAUUGUACACUAUUAUAAAUAAAUAUCAGUGUGUGCGUGCA